UCAUGUUUAUUUUGGUUUUUUAUAAUUUUUAUUACCAAAUAAAUCUUGUCUUGGAGACGCAUUCUCGUUAAUUAUUAUGAAAUAAUACACUAUCAGUUAUGUCCUUAAUAAAACAAGAAGUAAUGCGAUUAUGUAGAGUAUGUGAAUCAACAGAUUUCCUUGUUGAUAUUUGUUCAGAGGGUUCAGAGGAUAUUUUGAGAACAAAACUCCAUUCAAUUGCUAAUUUUCAGGACAAAUACAGCUUCCUGCUAAAAUAUAUUUGUUAUUCUUGCAUUCUAAAACUAGAGAAUGCUUACGAUUUCAUAAAACAAUGUGAAUUCACAUACAAAAAAUAUGUGGAUCAAAUAGAAUAUAAAACAUUAGAUGAAAAACAUUUUUGCAGUAAUUCCAACAUUACAGAUCUUCCUGAACACUACUGUGAAGAUAGAAUUGUUACCAAGAUGAAGAAAGACAUAAAUGAAGAACCUAUAAGUGGACUAGAAAUCAAUGAAGGUUAUUGUGAUGUUAUUCCACCAGAACUAUCAUACCAACAUCAGAAAAGAGUUAAGAACGUAAAUAUCAGUCGUUCUUAUGAAUGUGAUCUUUGUGCGAAGAAGUUUGGUACCAAGAAAAAACUGGAAUAUCACAUUGAAGGAUAUCAUUUGAAAUUAAAACGAUACACAUGUGAUAUAUGUGAUGCAAAAUUCCGAUAUCAAUCCACAAUGUACAAGCAUAAACAUAUUCAUACUCAAGAGACAUUUCCAUGUGAUAUUUGUGGAAAAAUUUUCAUUACCAAAGCCUACAUGCUGAAACACAAGACUGCUCAUCAGGAUAUGCGAAAAAAGAAGCAUAAUUUACACCUUUGCCACCUCUGUGGACAAGGAACGACGAGCUUGAAUCACUACAUUGAACAUUUGCGCCUCCAUUCAGGACUAAGACCAUUCAAAUGCGACAAAUGUGGCAAAGGUUUUGCUCAAAAGCAAGGAUUGAGACUCCAUUCUAAGACACACAGCGAUGCUAGGGAAUUUGCAUGUAAUACGUGUUCAAAGGCAUUCCGCAGGAGUUCUCAUCUCAAAAAUCAUCUUGUCACACAUUCAGGAGCUAAGAAUUUUGCUUGUAAGAUUUGUGAUAAAACUUACACUACAGCUGGUAGCUUGAGUAUUCAUAUGAGACUUCAUACAGGUGAAAAUCCAUAUCAAUGCCAAAAUUGCUCAACCAAGUUUCGCCUAAGGAAGACUUUACGAAGUCACAUGAAAAAGUGUACGGAUAAAAGUGAAAGUCCUAGUUAAUAAGACAAAAAUCGAAAUUGUUUUUAUUCUUUUAAAAUUAUAAUGUUGCAAUAAAAGAUAUUAACAUACUUUA